CCGCGGCUCUGAUUUUCCUGCCUGACAUCGGCCUCUGGUCUCUCUACAAGGAGAAGCACCUGGUGAAGCCGCCCGAGCCCGCCGAGCCGCAGAGAAAUCUUUCCCUCUUCUUUAUGAAAAAACACCAUGGGAGACACUUGCUUCUGGAACUUUGCUCAAGAGGUAAAGAAGAGGAAGAAAAUCUAUUGUAGGAAUUUAACUACUUCUGAAUUUAUCUUCCAAAUUCUUUACCUUCAUUUCCGUGAUUUUCACAUAAUUUUUCUUCAUCAAGAAGGUGACAUGGCUCCAAGUCUAUGCAAACACUUGGUGAUUCAAGUCACGUAUUUAGUCACUGAACUAAGAACAAUAUACUAAGAGAAUUUCAGGAAAAAAAAAAGAUGAGGUGUAUGUCCAGCUAACAUAGAAAUAUCUAGGCUACAAAAUCCCACUCUUUUCUGGAUGCUUGUACUCUGAAGGGUCACAGCUGUCAAGUUUCUGUUCAAGGCUGUGUUUCACAGGGACAGUUGUGUCUUAUGCUGUCGUUUUAAGAUCUCUUAGAAGAUCCUAUUGAAGGAAUUUCCUAUCAUCUUUUUCUUCUGGUCAAAUCCUGUUUAUUGAAAACCUCUGCCUUUAGGAAGCAGUCACUAGCUGGAAUACGAGACUCAUCUAGCCGCAUUUGGAUUUAACAGAUAACUACAGCAUCCCUAUCCCCACCAUCACCUCCAGCUGUUGGUUACCAUCAGAUGUCUGAGUUUUUCAGCCCUAUCUCUCAUGACAGGACACAACGGUCUUUGACAGAUGCUUCAUUAGAUCGCUGGAAACCACCUCCACAACAGGUCAAGCCUAUCAGACAGACUUCUCCCUGAAGAAGUUGAAGAACAUUUACGUGUUGUUUUCAGGGCCAUAUGAGCAGUAUGCUCAUAUGAGAGCUUCAGCAACAAGGAGUUUGGAGAUUGGUGCCAUCUGGCAGUAGCGUAAACGUGCAGUGCCGUGACCGUUGUGUCAGACACUUCCAUUGGGGCUGGGAGAUGGACAGCUCUUUGCCUGGACUGAUGGCUUAAAAAGGAAGGACUGGCAUGAUUAUGAAAGCAUUCAAAAAGAUGCUAUGCGUUCAGGGAAAGGUGAACAUGGAAAGCCGUACCCUCUUACAGAGGAAGACCACGAUGAUUCUGCUUAUAGGGAAAACGGCUUCAACAUAUUUGUUAGCAACAAUAUAGCACUGGAACGAUCACUGCCAGACAUCCGACAUCCUAACUGUAAGCACAAGGUGUACUUGGAAACACUACCAAAUACUAGCAUAAUUAUCCCAUUUCAUAAUGAAGGCUGGACUUCACUCUUGAGAACAAUACACAGUAUUAUCAACCGCACCCCAGACAGCCUGAUAGCAGAAAUCAUUCUUGUGGAUGACUUCAGUGACAGAGAACAUUUAAAAGAGAAGCUGGAGGAAUACAUGGUCCGUUUUGCCAAAGUGAGGAUUGUACGAACCAAGAAACGAGAAGGGCUCAUUCGAACCAGACUGCUAGGAGCCUCACUGGCUAGAGGAGAAGUCUUGACAUUUCUGGAUUCCCAUUGCGAAGUCAACGUGAAUUGGCUGCCUCCCUUGCUUAACCAGAUUGCACUUAACCACAAAACCAUCGUGUGUCCUAUGAUCGAUGUCAUUGACCACAAUCACUUUGGCUACGAGGCACAGGCGGGGGAUGCCAUGCGAGGAGCUUUUGACUGGGAAAUGUACUACAAAAGAAUACCGAUUCCUCCAGAGCUCCAGAGAGCUGAUCCCAGCGACCCCUUUGAGUCUCCUGUAAUGGCUGGAGGUCUAUUUGCUGUUAAUCGGAAAUGGUUCUGGGAGCUGGGAGGCUAUGAUCCAGGAUUAGAAAUAUGGGGAGGAGAGCAGUAUGAAAUCUCCUUUAAGGUGUGGAUGUGUGGAGGUGGCAUGUAUGAUGUUCCAUGCUCUCGAGUUGGACAUAUCUACAGGAAGUAUGUCCCAUAUAAAGUCCCUUCUGGAACCAGCCUAGCACGGAACCUGAAGCGUGUGGCAGAGACAUGGAUGGAUGAGUUUGCAGAGUACAUUUACCAGCGACGGCCUGAGUAUAGACAUCUCUCAACUGGUGAUAUCUCUGCCCAGAAGGAGCUGCGCAAGCACCUCAAGUGUAAAGAUUUCAAGUGGUUCAUGGCUGCAGUGGCUUGGGAUGUCCCAAAAUAUUACCCGCCUGUGGAACCUCCACCUGCUGCCUGGGGCGAGAUUCGAAACGUGGCAGCCAACCUCUGUGUGGACAGUAAACACGGAGCCACAGGGACUGAGCUGAGGCUAGACAUCUGUGUGAAGGAUGGCUCAGAACGAACGUGGUCACAUGAACAGCUCUUCACCUUUGGUUGGAGAGAAGACAUCCGCCCUGGGGAGCCACUUCACACCAGGAAGUUCUGCUUCGACGCCAUUUCGCACAGUAGCCCUGUCACACUGUAUGAUUGUCAUGGGAUGAAGGGAAACCAGCACUGGAGCUAUAGGAAGGACAAAACUUUAUUCCAUCCGGUAAGCAGCAGCUGCAUAGAUUGCAACCCAGCUGAGAAGAAGAUUUUCAUGAACAGAUGCGAUCCUUUAUCUGAAACUCAACAGUGGAUUUUUGAACAUAUUAAUAUGACUGUUUUAGAAAAAUUUAACAGCAAGGCCAGUUCCUAGAAAGAAAAAAAAAAAAAGGAGAAAAAAUGAACACACCUAUUUACGUACAGACUACAGACUACGUUUUCGCCAGCAUCUGGGUCAAAGGAGUCAGGAAUUAAGUUUCCUAGAUCCAGGAAAUCUGUUCUGAGGAUUAAGAAAAUGCCACAGCAAGAGCCAGCAGGCUGUCCUUGUGGAUGUACAGUAUCUGGAGAACUUGGCCAAGAGCCUCACCGGAUGCUGCUGAGAACUUCAGGCUGAAAAUUCCCUUGCUGGUCAAGGGAAAAACUUUGUUUAAAAACUGUUUAAAAGUACUCCAAGUUAAUAAAGUAAAACAAAACUCUAGUUUCUCAGGUCAAAUCCUGCUGUAGUGAGGAGCUCAGAACAGGCACUAUAAUUUGGGAUGGGUAUAUGGUGUGCAUGACAGCUACAGGAACCUGAAGAAAUCCCAGGUUUUAGAACUAAACAUGCUAGUAGAAGAAUAAUGAUGUCCCAGCACUCCCUAAACAAGAUAUAUGCUCUGUUGACAUUCUCUUAAUAAAAAGUUGGGUUAAGCAGGUUUAACCCUCAGAACUGCUGCAAUUAAUUUUAAAUACCUCCCUUUUACAUUCCAUUCAUUACCAAAAUAGGAAUGGUAGAAAUUUUAGGGUCUAGAAUUACACUGUAGUGAAGCAUGGAAUAAACUGUAAGGUUUUGCACUCAUAUUUUCCCCUUCAGGAAAAAAAGUAAAGCAAUCAAAUCUCUAUACAUGAUAUAUUUAGCCAUUGUGAUUCAAAUCCCAUUGUCACAUAAGGUGAGAGGGUUUUUUUAGUGACAAAUAUAACAGCAGCAGCUGCAGCAUAGUGGAAGGCUCGUGGACUAGCUAUCUUUUCUAAAGGUAGAAUCCUUACCAAUGUAUAAAUUAAAUUGAAAAUAGGCUGGAAAAAAAAUCAGGAGAGUAGGAAAUAAUUGCAUACUGCAUGCUGAACUAGAUUAGUCAAAUUAACAUUGGUAUGUUGCCAUCACCUAAAAGUAUGUUGACUCCCUGCAGUGCAGCUUGAAAGAUCUUACAGUGCUCUUGACAGUUAGGAAUGGAGAGAAAAAUUGACAUGAAAUCAGUUGGGUGGUUUCAGAGUUUUUGAAAUCUGUGAUGGAAAUCAUGUGAACUUUGCAGAGUUAGCAAGUGAAUGGUAUUGUAGAUGUCAUGAGGGAGGAAACAAGAAGUGCAAACAAGUUAAAUGUUACAAUAUUUUGACACUUUAGGCACAGGCACAAUUCACAGUAACACAGACUUCCGUCACCCGGAUGAUCAUUAUGGUGUCUCUCAGACUCAUCAAGCCACUGGAGUGAGAGGCCUCUAAAACUUCUUUGGGAGGGUGUCUGUGGUUCUCCUCAGUUAAUACUGAUGUGUGGAACAUGACUAAUAGCUUUGAGAUUGUUCAAGGUAAGAGCGAGUAUAAAUUUAUAUCAAAUAUGUGGCCUGCUUUUACUUGAAAGAUGAAUUCACAGAUGAAAUGCAGAUAGAUCACAUGCUCUGUGCUUUAACUCCUUUCAGGUUCCAGAUAUAACAUUUGUAGUUAAGUUGCUUAUUCUGAUUGCUGAAGAGGUGGCCGACUAACCAAAAUACUGAUGUGCAAUAUACACUGUUUUGAGGGAGUGGAGUGACUGUUUUCUGUAUUUCUCUUUAAGCUGUGUUUAUGCACAAGAGCAUUGAUUGCAUCCAGAGGAUGGUUCUAAUACCAAUAACUGUGCUAUUUUAUGGCAGCACCUUGUAGUUGCAGGUCAUAGGAAAUUUUUAGGAGGGAAAUGAGAUCCUGUAGCAUUCAAGAUGCAUGCACUUGGAAAACUGUGAAAUGCAUCCAUGUAUUUAGCAAUUGCUGCAAGUUAGUGAAGAAAUCUUUCAAAUAAUUUGAAAGAAAAAUAUCUACAGAGAUAGACUUCUCAUUUUAUGACUUUAAAAUAAGUGAGAUUGUUGAAGUAUUGUUUAAAUUUAAUUUGAAGAUUUGGUGCACUCGGGAACAGAAGCAGUAAUGCUGUGGUGUGUGGAUACUUCAGAUUUGUUUAGCCGUCAGUACACAGAACCAGUCUGGCAAUGCAAACUGUCAGCCUUUCCAGGUGCAGCGCUCACAGCAGCAUAUAUUUGCAGCUUGAACAUGAGGAAAGACGGUUUGGGAAAAAGAAGAAAAUGGCUGCCUCAAAUGCAAAUGCAGCCCUCAAGCUGCUGAUUGUAACUGGCCCCAAACUGUCAAAGUCCUGGAAGCAACACUGUGUGCCCAAAAUAGAGAGGCAAAGGUUGGAUUGCUAAACCAGAACAGAUUGGUAGGGUUAUAUCAUUCAGUGUCUGACUGCAUCUCAGUGGUCUGAUUUUGAGAUGUCUAAUGGGAACUAGGCUGCUGUUGGGGCAAAGAACUUCUGUGCCUUUUACAGCCCUCGUUGAGUAAUAUUGCACAGUGCCUUGCACUGCCAAAGGAAAACUUCCCCUUACUUGUAGCUGAUCACUGCUUGUAAACUCUAGCAGUCCUUGUCAGAAAACAUAACUAAUAUUCAGAUGUUCUGGGGAAAGAUAAUAGUCCUUGCACAGGAUUCCUUCAACAAAAGUUUUAUUAAUAAUAAAUGAUCAUCGCUACCUCUCAAUUAAAUUCUAUCUUGGGUGUUCUCCAAAGGUUUCCACUGUAAGAAUAUUUCAUUACUAAUUUAUCAUUCUGAAUUUCUUUGAUUCUUUCUACAACCAUAUCUUUUCCACCCAACAAACUUAUGAACAACUUGGUAGGAUGGACAGAUGUAUCUUCCUCUCGUAUUUCAGCAGGAGAAUUUAACUCUAAUGUGUUUCUUCAAAAGACUGAAGUUUCUUCCCAAAAUUUUUUUUUGAAUACCAGAUGGUUCUGAACGUAUUUUAAGUGUAGAGCACAGGAGACAUUAACUAAUGUGGGCUUAUCAUUUCAGUGGAGUUAUACUGAUUUCCCCAACUAAUGACUUGCUUCAGUUUUUUUCAAUUUAUUAUUUUAUGGCCGAGAGAGCUUUAAUCAACAUGCCUUAAAAGAAGAUCUUUGUAUUGUAAGAGUUCAUCAGCACCUACUCUAAAUUUUUUCCAGUUAAAGUUAUCUGACCUUUUUUUGUGGGCAGCAAAGUACUAUGAUAGGAGAGAGCAACUGGAAAAGCUGGAAUGAACUCCAAGUGCAACUAAAACUCUAAAAUCACACAUUUCCCUUUAUGUAUUCUAGAAUCUAAACUAAACAGAGGCCUUGAGGGACAGGGCUUAAAGGAGAGAGGAGGAGCUGGGAAACAAAAUGUUUCAUGUGUGGGAGAGCAGCCUUGUUGCGGAGGCAUAAGGCAUCACUUUUCACUGGCCACAGUCUUAUUUCAGAAAAAUGAGAUUGCUUUAGAACAAAUGUUUCUGCAACAGUAUGGAUAUUUUCAUGAUAAUAAUGCAUUAUUCUUGGGUUUUAUCUGUUUAUGAAUAAAUGGUCUGUAGCUGCUGAACUAAGUCUGCCUCAUGAUAAAGAUAGACUAAGUUUGAAAGGAAGCUGACAAGCACUUAACAACCUUUGAUUACUGGCUAUUUACCAGGCAUCAAUAUCUCCAUGACCUCAGUGAAAUCAGAUGCCAUAGAAGAUCAUAGAAGAAUAGUAUAUAAAUAGCUUGACCAAAUUGAUUAGAUGGGUUGCACUUCUGCAAGAGUGGAUGUUACCUUUGUUUAAAAAAAAGAUGUCAGAAUCACAAUUUAUUUGCAUUUUUACUGAUAAUUUCUGCAAGGGAGUGAGUAAGAGGGACUGUUUUAGCCUACCCAGAUGGAUUGGGGAUGGAGCAUUUUAGGAAGGCAGCACUGGGAGGCUUUCAGCGUGGCUGACAGCAGGGGUGCGUCCAUUUUCUAUUUAAAGAGCAUCUAUAAUGCUGUUAACCUAGCAUUUUUUGAGAGAACGCAGGAUGUACAUUAAAAAAAAAAAAAGAUAAUGAUUUUAUUUUUCUUUUUAAUCCAUCAAGGUUGUUUGGGAAAUAAUUUCAAAACCUUUGAAAACAAAACAGGCUGAUCAGAAGUAACUUUUAUUAUAGCUGGUAUUAGUAUUAUAAUGUUCAUUAAUUCAUUUGUUUAACCCCCUUCCAAAUCUGUUUCGUAUCCUGUUAGAAAGAGCACAAGAGUCCAAGAGUGCUUUUACAUAAUGUUUUCAGGAUCUUCCCCUGUCUGAAAGUUUUGAAAGGCCUUUUAAAAAUUAGCAAAUAUAAACCAAAAGGUAACAAGGAAAAACACUUGGCUAUUAUGGCUAGUCUACCAAAAUAUUUUGCUAAACUUGUGCAAAAAUAAUAUAUUUUAACUGGAAAUUUUUAGAUUAAUAAAUAAUAUAGUUUAGUAAGUCUUUAGUGUGUAGUGCUUUCUAUCGAAGAAUUUUAAUUUUAAAAAAAAAUUUAAUUUGGUUAGUUGCUGACAGGGGUUUUUUUAACCACAUUUAAUACAUAAAUCUGUCCUGAGGUCUCCUGUAAUCUCAUAUUUCCUUUUCAUAAUUCCUAAUGCACUGAAUUUAAGAAAAUGUGAACAUAGUAAAAAAACUCAAAAAAGUAAGAAACUUGUGUAAAAAGAAACAGUGAGAAUGGGUAGCUAGAGAUGUUGAGAAAAAUGCAUCACAUUUCCAAAGCUUCAGCUGCAUUCAGAAAAUACAUUUGCUUCGUGUGGUGGCUUUCUAUUCUUUCAGUGUAUGAUUAAUAUUAGUGGUACUACUCCUGAGGCAGGCCUUCUGAAAAUGGUGUUAGCAUUUGGUAUAAUAGGUGGACAGCAUGGUGCUAGAGGAAAAAAUCUAGGAACUGCUCCUGAAAAAAUUGCAUUCAAACAUUGCAAUCUGAUAUGCCUUAAGAUCUUAGCUGUUUUUAAGAUUUCUUUUAUCUUAGUAUUUUUUUACAGGACCUGGUAGUGCAGUAGGUGCUUCAGUGGCCCUUAUGAAAACAAUGCAGACAAUGGGAUCAAAGAGGACACAGGUGAUUACCUAAAGGUGUGGUUACUGCAGCAAUGUCAAGGUUAAUUAUACACAAAGAGAAGUUUGUUUAUUUUGUGUAGCCACUGUAGUAAAUGCCCAGCUUAACAGAACAGAUGAAUGAGAAGGAGCCUUGCAAAGUGGGCCAGCAGAAAAGCUUGUACUCAAUAGAAGAUGUAGAAAAAGUCUCAAUGGUCCAUUUUAGAGAAACAGAUGAACAGGGUGUUGAGAUGGAUAUCAUAGACAGUGUAAGGGAUAUGAGGGGAGCUGCAAGUGAGGCAAGUCUGGUAAGUAAGGCUACUAUCUAAAAGAUAUUAAGACAUAGGAAAGGAAAACUUGGUCCUCAUUAACCUUAGCCCUCAUUAACCUUGCAGGAUCCCUAACACUUUGUCAAAGUAUUAGUUGAUUUAAUUAAGUUAAUCCUUCAUCUCUCCCAGUAAAUGACUCAACCUGGAAGAAACCACAGUUCAAGCAAAUUUCUGUUUACCAGUCCAGAGCAUCUAAUCAGCAAAAUAUGCCACUAGCAACAGUUUAGUCAAAAAUCCCAAUUGGCACUAGAAAUAAAACAAUGUUAUCAGCCUGAAAGAUCAGUAGACCUCUGGCAUCCCUCUGUGAAAAA